CGGGGAGGAGCCUGAAUAUAAACCAAACAACCCUCCACACCCUGCAGUGUCUAGGAAGUUUCUCCGCAUUCCUGCUCUACACGCACAUUCGCACACAAAUACACAUACAGACAGCUGGGGGGAACCUCACUGAGGCUAGGAGUUUGGAGGGGGCGUUGGCCUGCUGUAGGACUGGGGACCAGAACCUCAUCAUAAACGCCCUGCCAGUCUCACCAUGAGUAAGGCAGGUGGUGAAGACAGUAGAAGUGCUGGUGGCAGCAACAGCCAAAAAGUCCAGCAGCUGGAGGAUGAGACUGCAGGGGAGAAGGUCAUGGGCAAACUGAACACCACUACCAUUGGACCGGGCUGGACUAAGGUUGUGUGCCCUUGCUGUGUGUCAGAGCGGGUCGAGCCGUUGGUUCUGGUGAAGCUCAAAGAAAAGGUCCGGCCUGAAACAAAGAGGUGGCUCAUAAGACUAAUUGGAGCUUCUCAGAAAGAUGGAGGUGCUGGAUUAUUGGCCCACCCGGGUGAGGAUGCCAGUGGUGACAUCAUCGUGGUCUCUGCCCCACGCUGUACAUUACUACGAGCUGCUGAAGAGUUGGGUCUGUGUAAGCCAUACUGCAGUGGGGACAUGGAGGCCUUCUCUUACAGUGACAGAGACAACUUUAAAGAUUCAGACAACAUGGAGGUGUUCCUGACGCUGGCGGAGAGACAGUACAUAGUCAAGUAUGAGCUGGACAGUUUGCGAGCACAGAGAGACCUGAGAAUACCUGGCCUGUCUGACAGCUACAUGCUACAAAACCGAGACAACAUUUGGCAGAAGCUUGGGUCAGCUGGUGUAAUUGUGGACACCCUUCCCCUCCACAAUCCAGACCAGCUGAAGGAUCUGAGUGAAGCCUGGUACUUGGGUAAUCAGUUGGCUCAGCCACUAGAUUCAGUCAAUGGGUAUUUUGGAAGCGCUGUGGCUUUCUACUUCAGCUUCCUUGAUUUCUACACCUGGUCUCUACUUCCACCAGCAAUACUUGGCCUGUCCAUCACAUACUUCUCAGGUGAGGUUCAGAAGGAGGUGGUGGAGUCAGUCUCUGGCUCACAGGUCACAAAUGUUGAAGGUGACUCAGGACCAGCGGUCAGCGGCCACAUGAUCCAGGCUGUAUUCAGCAUGCUCUGGUCCACAGUUGUCAUGGAGAUGUGGAAACGUCGGAGCUCCUCUCUGUCCUACCGCUGGGGGACUCUGCACCUCGCUGAGCGCUUUGCAGAGCCCCGGCCUGGUUUCCACGGUGACCUUGGGGUCAAUCCUGUGACAGGCCGUGUGGAGCCCCUCUUUCCUGAUUGGCAGAGGGAUCUACGAAUGGCACUGGUGUCGGUCCCAGUGGUGGGGAUGUUUCUAGGGUUGGUGGUACUGGGUAUGCUUUGUUUCUACUGGGGUGAGGCCCAGGUGCAACAGCUACACAAAGACUGGGGCUCCCUGCUGUCUCAGGCUUUGCUCUACAUGCCCUCAGUGCUUCACAUCAUCUAUACAAACAUGCUAGCGACGGUUUACAAGACGGUGGCACAGUCUCUGACUGAAUAUGAAAACCACAGGGAGCAGUCAGCCUUCGAGAAACAUCUGACUGCCAAAGUCUUGGUGUUCACCUUCUUUAACUACUUUGCAGUACUCUUCCACAUUGCCUUCUUCAAGCAAGAUGUGCCUUUGCUUCGUAAGCGCCUAGCAUCUUUGCUGAUAGUGACCCAGCUGGUGAACCAGGUGACAGAGGUGGUCAUACCCUUUCUGGUGGACCGGUUCAUCAGCGCCCCCCAUAGGACAGAGAGCAAAGAUGACCCACAGGAGGACAAAUUUAGGAACCAAAGCACCCUACCUGCUUUCCCUGGCCUGUUUGCAGAGUACAUUGAGCUCUUGGUGCAGUUUGGGUAUUUGAGUCUUUUCUCCUGUGUGUAUCCUUUGACGGCGGUGCUGCUGCUUAUCAACAACCUAACAGAGAUCCGAUCAGAUGCCUAUAAAAUCUGCAAACUCUUCCGCAAACCCUUCUCCCCCCCUGUAGCUAACAUGGGCGUGUGGCAGAUUGCUUUUGAGGUCCUGAGUUUUGUCUCUGUUGUGUCCAACUGCUGGCUGCUGCUGCUUUCACCACGGUUACAGGAUCUGUGUCAGGAGGGUGGGAUGAGCAGCACUAACAUUCUGUUGUUGGCUGUUUUGCUGGAGCAUGUGCUCAUCUUGGUUAAGGUAAUUUUGGCAGUCCUGAUCCCUGAUGAACCGGACUGGAUCCGUAAAAAGAGAGAGUAUAUUGAGUACAGAUCCAUGCAGGCUCUGAAACAGCAGAAGCUGAAUUCUGAUGUGUCCUGAUUGUGUUGUUGAGGUGGUGCUUUGUCAUCUUGUGCUGAGCUGCUACAACCAGUCCUUGAUGUUGUGUGGACCUCUCCAGCCCACAAUGCAGACCCCUUAUGCUCUACCCCUUAUACUCCCUGUGCAUACUUUUAAAGUGUUUCUGCUGUAACAAUUAAUGUACACACUUUGUUGAAAUGGACGAUUAUGUUACUCUACAUGUAGACUGCAGGUUCAGUUGAAGCAGCAGUUAAAAAGUGGAAUGUACUGGUUAUAUGUACAUAUGCCCUUUAAAAAGAUUAUGUUAUGAUAAAGCAGGUUUUCACAGGGUUUGUUCAGAUCUCAUGACUGCAAUCAGUUAUAUUAUAUGCAGUCAGUAUUUAGUAUUUAAUGUUACUGACAGGGUCAAAGACAGAUUUCUUGACUAAAUGGUCCAUUCUUGUCUCUGAAGAAGGACUCUUUCAGAAGUGUUUAUGCUCACCUAGUGAUAAGCUACAGCUAGUAUUCAGGAUUCAGAAUUGGAGGACAAUCUCAUCAUUGGAAUAAUUAUCAUAACACGAAGCAACAACUUUCUGACUUUCAGUAUAAAUUAAAGCUGCUCUAAUCAUUUUUUUAAUAUUGACAUUGGCUGGAGUCAUCAACCUUGGGACCAUGAAAGGGGUCGCUCGAAGCAUUAAACACAUAGAGGAUUAUCACCUGAUGCAUUUCCCCUCAGCUCAUUGUUUUGGUUUUAUGGCCCACAGCUUUACCAUGUACACUCUGUACACUACCUACCUGACAAGGUUAGUAACUAAAUGGUGAAUAUGUUUCUUGAGCAGCUAAAGAGGAAGAUAUUUUUCUCAGCAGCUGCUAGAAAAUCAACUACAGCACUAAAAGGAGAGUGAAUAAUGGAUUAAGUCAGGUGGACAGAAACACAACUUCAAAUAAAUGCUAAUGUUGCUCCAUGUCUGCAAGAUGUGUAAAUAAACAACUGUUUGCUAACAGA